UGUCCUUUACAAGCUGCCGUUGUUACGUACUCAAACGUUAAACAAGGCUAGCUUUUAGCAAGCAAACAGCCUAACGUCAAUUUCACAAAAUUCAGCGCAUUUACUGGGCUGUUUAGCUCUUCUCUAAACAAAGUUUUGGACAUAUUUUGCAAUCAUCCAUGUUUUCUUGUGAGGUGAACUGUAAACAGGAGAAGCCCAACAGGAUGACCAGUGUGCUCUGCAGCAGAGCUCGGCUGGUGACGUACCUGCCAGGGCUUCACGUUCUAGUUCAUCGUGUUGCUGGAGCCAGGACUUUCUCUGGUGCGUCCUGUUCAGAUGAGACACACCUUCACAGCAGUACCCCUGACACUGCACAAAGGACAGUGUGGCCGGACGAGACCAUGGGCCCGUUCGGACCUCAGGAUAAACAUUUCCAGUUGCCGGGUAACAUGGGUUUUGACUGUCAUUUGGAGGGUGCAGUGGAGCAGAGGACCUCAGCGAUGGACGGCGUGAUGCCAGAUGUGCUCACUGCUCAGUCCAGCAGCGAGAGGCACGGCUUCAUCCUAGCCCAGUUCAUCAGUGAGCUUCAUGAAAGUGAUAAAACAUCCGCAGAACAGAACCUGGAUAAAGCAGAGCACUUCUUCGAUCAUUCCAGCGUGGAGUGUGCCAUUCAGUCUUGCCCGGAAUCGUUAAAGAAAGAUUUAAAGUCCAUGUUCCCUGAGGCCCCGUCGACUGCCAUGAUGGUGGUCACAGUGACUCAGAAAACACAGAACGACAUGACGGCCUGGACUGAGCAAGUGGACCAGGAGAGAGAAGAGCUGCUCGAUAAAUUCGUUGCAGGGGCAAAGGAGAUAUGCCAUGCUCUCCGAACAGAAGGAUUCUGGGCUGAUUUCAUUGACCCGUCGUCUGGACUUGCAUUCUUUGGUUCAUACACAAACAACACGCUCUUUGAAACGGAUGAAAGGUAUCGCCAUUUAGGUUUUCAGAUCGAGGACCUGGGCUGCUGUAAAGUGAUUCGGCAUGUCUUGUGGGGGACGCACGUUUUUGUGGGCACACUUUUCACCACAGCGCCAGCCGACAGCCAGAUCAUGAAGAAGCUGCAAGGGAACUAAAGUGAAUUAGUUAAAGAUGCUAAGUCAGAACACUAUUCAUUUCAAAACCAAACCUCACCUUUGAGAUGAUUGGCACAUUUAAAACACGCUUACAUCCCAUAAUGCACUUAGAGAAGUUGCCUAUCAGCUGCUGCUGGAAAUUUGUAUUUAUUUUUGUAGAUCGAGAAACACUUUUGGUGUGACUUUUAUUUUUGCUACAAAGGGAAGUCCUGUGUCACAUGUCCAGCAUCUUUCAGUCGCUCUCUUCCUCUAUGUUGCCUUUCUUCUACUACAGACCUCAAAGGAACUAAAAUGUGACGGCUAAAAAUGUUCACACCACUGCUCCAUUUAAAUGUGUAUUUAGUAUUUUGUCAGUACGUUAUAUUUAAAAAGUUUCAGUAGUGAUUAAAAGCAGUAUUGUCAGAUUUCUUCAUAGCUUCACAAUAGGCACAAUAAAGAAUUAAGAGUAUCACUGGC